GCAUUAUAUGUGAAUGUAAUCAAUCAAAACAAUAACCAAAGAGUUCCGAAGAAACAAAGAAAUAUCAGUACUAUUUUCGGAGACCAGAACGAGCUGUCUUAUCCAUUGGCAUCGAAACAUCUUCCCCCCCUACUUAUAUGAACCGGUGCAGGACAGACCCAUACUUGGAUUAGAACAGAACCAAACCUUGCCACCAAGCAGCAGAAGAAACCAAUCAUUAUCCACACAAAAAAUGCAGGCAGCUCCAGGCAUGAUAGCCCUCAUCGUUCCCAUGAAACCAGUGGCCAGUAACUUAUCUGGCCAAGCUGCAGUAUCCCCAAGAUGGCCAUCGGCCUCUUCCCGCAGCAGUAACACUAGCUUCGUCGUGCGAGCAUCUUCUGUGAACUACAACUCCCUCGUCUCGGUAUUCCCAGCUGAGGCCUGCGAGAUCCUGGGUGGAGAUGUGUGCUUGGCGGAAAUGUACCCAGAAGUGAAGCUGCAGAGAGGAGAUGAUGAUCAUCAAGGCAGGAAUAAUCAACGAGCCAGAGUUGCUUCAGACCUUGUUGAGAGAGAGUACCUGGAAUACAAUGAUGCCAAAACGGUGUUCCCUGCAGAGGCUUGUGAUAAUCUUGGUGGAGAAUUCUGCAGCAGCGAGUAUCAAAGAGGAGUGCAUUAA